GGGGGCGGGGAGAGCGGGGUCCCGCUGUUUUUCGCCGCAGACGGUGGCUUCGGCGGCAUCCUGCAGCCCGCGCCACCCAGCCCCCUGCCUCCCAGCAUGUGCCCGCGCCUGCUUCUGCUGCUUGCGCUGUGCGGAGCUGGCCCCACGGCCGCGGCGCGCAGCGUCAGCCUGCGGGGAGUCUGGAGGAUCCGCAGCGGGAACGGCUCGCUGGAGCUGCCGGGGGAGGUCCCCGGCUGCGUGCACAUGGCCUUGUUCCAGCGGAACCUCAUCCAGGAUCCUUACUACAGAUUUAAUGAUCUUAACUACAGAUGGAUCUCCUUGGAUAAUUGGACAUAUAGCAAGGAAUUUAAAGUCCCCUUUGACGUUAGCAAAUGGCAAAAAGUAAAUUUGAUUUUUGAGGGUGUUGAUACCGUUACAGAAGUCCUGCUCAAUAAUGUUUCCAUUGGGAAUACAAACAACAUGUUCAAAAGAUAUAGCUUCGAUAUCACCAGUGUGGUCCAAGCUGUAAACGUUAUUGAGCUGCGUUUCCAGUCGCCAGUGUUGUAUGCGGCCCAGCAGAGCAGAGCUCACAGUAGCUACCCGGUGCCCCCAGACUGCCCUCCAAGUGUGCAGAAGGGAGAAUGCCAUGUCAACUUUAUUCGAAAGGAGCAAUCUUCCUUUAGUUGGGACUGGGGGCCUUCCUUUCCUACCCAGGGCAUCUGGAAAGAUGUUAGAAUUGAAGCCUAUAAUAUUUGCCAUCUGAAUGACUUCACGUUUUCCCCUAUAUAUGAUAACCAUGCCCAGGAGUGGAAUCUUGAAAUAGAGUCUUUUUUUGAUGUUGUCAGCUCAAAGCCAGUCUCUGGUCAAGUGAUUGUAGAAAUCCCUAAAUUGCAAACACAGCAGACAUACAGCAUUGAACUUCAGCCUGGGGAAAAGAUUGUUGAGCUGUUUGUGAAAAUUAACAAGAAUAUUACUGUAGAAACUUGGUGGCCUCAUGGACAUGGAAGCCAGACUGGGUACAACAUGACAAUUCAUUUUAACCUGGAUAGAGGCUUAAAGUUUAAAAAAUCAGCUAAGGUUUAUUUUAGGACAGUGGAACUGAUAGAAGAGCCCAUACAAGGGUCUCCUGGUCUGAGUUUCUACUUCAAAAUUAAUGGAUUUCCCAUAUUUCUGAAAGGAUCAAAUUGGAUCCCAGCAGACUCGUUCCAGGAUCGAGUAACCUCUGAUGUGUUAUGGCUCCUUUUGCAGUCUGUUGUGGAUGCUAACAUGAAUACUCUCCGGGUGUGGGGAGGAGGAAUUUAUGAACAGGAUGAAUUCUAUGAACUCUGUGAUGAGCUAGGAAUAAUGGUAUGGCAGGAUUUUAUGUUUGCCUGUGCCCUUUAUCCAACUGAUGAGAGCUUCAUGGAUUCAGUGAGUGCAGAAGUUGCUUACCAGGUCAAGAGACUGAAAUCUCAUCCCUCCAUCAUCACGUGGAGUGGAAAUAAUGAAAAUGAAGCAGCGCUGAUGAUGAAUUGGUAUAACAUAGACGUCAGCCACCUGGAUAUCUACAUCAAAGAUUAUGUGAGACUGUAUGUGGAAAACAUCCGAAAGAUUGUUUUGGCAGUGGACAAGACUCAUCCUUUUAUUACAUCCAGUCCCACAAAUGGGCUCAAAUCCAUUAGAGAAGGCUGGCUCUCUCCCAACCCAUAUGACACGAAUUUUGGUGAUGUACAUUUUUAUGACUAUAUCAGCGAUUGUUGGGAUUGGAAGACUUUCCCAAAAGCUCGAUUCAUUUCUGAAUAUGGAUAUCAGUCCUGGCCUUCCUUCAGUACAUUAGAAAAGGUUUCAACUGAGGAAGACUGGUCUUACAAAAGCAGGUUUUCACUUCAUCGACAACAUCAUGAAAAUGGUAACAAUGAAAUGCUUCUUCAGGCUGAACUUCAUUUCAAACUACCGCAAAGCACAGAUCCAUUACGUGCAUUCAAAGAUACCAUUUACCUUACUCAGGUGAUGCAGGCCCAGUGUGUCAAAAUAGAAACUGAAUUCUACCGCCGCAGUCGCAGCGAGAUAGUGAACACACAAGGGCACACCAUGGGGGCACUGUAUUGGCAGUUGAAUGACAUCUGGCAGGCUCCUUCCUGGGCCUCUCUAGAGUAUGGAGGAAAGUGGAAAAUGCUGCAUUACUUCGCUCGGCAUUUCUUCGCUCCGCUGUUGCCCGUGGGUUUUGAGAAUCAAGGUGUGUUUUUCGUCUAUGGGGUAUCAGACUUUCACCUGGACUGUACCGUGAUGCUCACUGUGAGAGUCCACUCAUGGAGUUCCCUAAAGCCUUUGUGUUCUCAUGUAACCAAACAUUUUGUGAUAAAAGCAGGGGAGGCUGUUCGCCUCUAUCAGGAGCCAGUGUCUCAACUGCUGAGAUGUGGGAAUUGUACUCGGCAAAGCUGUGUGGUUUCCUUUUACCUGUCAACUGACAGCAAACUUCUGAGCUCAACCAACUAUCACUUCCUGUCCUCACUGAAGGAGGCCGUUGGGCUUCACAAGGCACGUAUCACUGCUAUCAUCUCUCAGCAAGAGGAUGCAUUUGUGUUUGAUCUGGAAACCUCGGCUGUCGCUCCCUUUGUUUGGUUGGAUGUAGGGAGCAUCCCAGGGAGGUUCAGUGACAAUGGUUUCCUCAUGACUGAGAAGAAGCGGACUAUAUUAUUUUACCCUUGGAAGCUCACUAGCAAGAGUGAAUUGGAGCAAUCUCUUCAUGUGACUUCCCUGACUGAUAUUUACUGAGGGAAUCCAGUAAAUGGACACUGGGAUGAAGCAUUUCUUUUAUUUUUUUUCUUUUUGAAGGUAAAAACAAUGUUAAUGUGAGCGUUUCUCACAUAUGUAAAAUUUAGUUCACAUUUCAUCAGAUAUUUGUAUUGACAGAAAGCAGAAGCAUUGACAAUAUAUAUUUUUUAAAAAAAUGCUCACAAUGUUAAUGUGAGCGUUCCUCACAUAUGUAAAAUUUAGUUCACAUUUCAUCAGAUAUUUGUAUUGACAGAAAGCAAAAGCAUUGACAAUAUAUAUAUUUUUUAAAAAACUAAUUUUUUAAAAAAAUAUAUAGCAUAAUAGUUAGGCAUUUCUAUAAUUGAUGAAGUGAUCCCCCGGUUACUCUAUACAUAGCCAUUACAAUAUCGUUGCCUAUAUUCCCUAUGCUGUACUCCAUCUCUCUGUGACUGUUUUGCAUAAAGCAUUUCUAAGGCACUGACUGGAGCUGAAGGCAACCAGAGACAAGCUGAAGGGGCUGGGAACGCGGCUGCUUGCUGCCAUGCCUCUGAUUCAUCAGUGUGAAGAGCAUGUGCAGCAUUCUUUUAGGGAAGGGCGUUUACUCGGGUCUCCUCCAACGAGGCUGUGCCUAGGUAUGCUUCACUCUGUGCCAGGACUGUGUUUUAGUCCUUCUCUUCACGGCUUUGGUACCACAUGCACCAGUCAUCACCAACCGCCUCUCCCUACCCAAAAAAAGCCCACGCAGGUAGCCCUCUCGAGGAACCAUAGGAACAUGACCAUGGAGCUUCAGAUUUGGCUCAAAUAUGCUUUCCAGUGUAAAGGAGUAAGAUUUAGACUUCUUGACCCUUUAGCUUGGGUUUAAAUCAUUUUAAAUUUAUAUUGAUUAAUUAUAAGAAACUACAAAAUUGCUUUAUUAUGCAUUAUCAUGUUUAUAAAAUUACAUUGAUGAUAAAGUGAAUAGGGAAAAAUGUUAAGUACCAAUUUGGGUAGAAAUGUGUAGGAACUUUUUUGUACCACUUUGUAACUUUUUAUAAGUUUGAAAUCAAUUAAAAUUUACACAAAUUGCAUUGACA